CAGGCGCCUCUACUCCAGGAUGGAGGCCUCGUGCCUGGAGCUGGCCCUGGAGGGUGAGCGGCUGUGCAAGGCGGGUGACUUCAAGGCAGGAGUGGCCUUCUUCGAGGCAGCCGUGCAGGUGGGCACAGAGGACCUGAAGACGCUGAGCGCCAUCUACAGCCAGCUGGGCAAUGCCUACUUCUACCUGAAGGAGCAUGGCCGCGCCCUGCAGUUCCACAGACAUGACCUGCUGCUGGCCCGGACCAUUGGUGACCGCAUUGGGGAGGCCAAGGCCAGUGGGAACCUGGGCAACACACUCAAGGUCCUGGGCAGAUUCGAUGAGGCUGUCGUCUGCUGCCAGCGGCACCUGGACAUUGCCCAGGAGCAGGGGGACAAGGUCGGGGAGGCCAGGGCACUGUACAACAUCGGCAACGUGUACCACGCCAAGGGCAAGCAGCUGUGCUGGAGCUCGGCGCAGGACCCCGGGCACCUGCCGCCCGACGUGCGCGAGACGCUGCGCAGGGCCUCGGAGUUCUACGAGAGGAACCUGUGCCUGGUGAAGGAGCUGGGUGACCGAGCGGCACAGGGCCGGGCUUAUGGCAACCUGGGCAACACGCAUUACCUUCUGGGCAACUUCACGGAGGCCACAGCCUUCCACAAGGAGCGCCUGGCCAUCGCUAAGGAGUUUGGGGACAAGGCGGCUGAGAGGAGGGCCUACAGCAACCUGGGCAAUGCGCACAUCUUCCUGGGGCGCUUUGACGUGGCUGCGGAGUACUAUAAGAAGACGCUGCAGCUGUCGCGGCAGCUGCGGGACCAGGCGGUGGAGGCGCAGGCCUGCUACAGCCUCGGCAACACCUACACGCUGCUGCGGGACCACGAGCGGGCGGCCGAGUUCCACCUGCGGCACCUGCUCAUUGCCCAGGAGCUGGCCGACAGGGUGGGUGAAGGCCGAGCAUGCUGGAGUCUAGGGAACACGUACCUGUCCAUGGGGAGCCCAGCGCAGGCCCUGACCUUCGCCAAGAAGCACCUGCAGAUCUCCCAGGAGCAGAUCGGGGACCGCAAUGGGGAGCUGACAGCCCGCAUGAACGUUGCCCAGCUGCAGUUGGCACUGGGCCCGCUGAGCAGCCCGGCUGCCAUAGAGAAGCCGGACCUGGCUGGCUAUGAGGCCCAAGGUGCCAGGCCCAAGAGGACACAGAGGCUGAGUGCGGAGGCCUGGGACCUGCUGCGGCUGCCCCCGGAGCGGGAACAAAAUGGAGAUGCCUGCCACAGUGCGGACUGGCGGGGUCCUGGCAGGGACUCACUGCCCCUCCCUGUGAGGAGCCGGAAGUACCAGGAAGGGUCAGACACUACCGAGAGGAGGCCUCGGGAGGGCAGCCGUUCCCCCCUGGACAGUGCCGACGUCUGUGUGCAGGUGCCCCGCACGAGCAUCCCAAGGGUCCCGUCCUCUGAUGAGGAGUGCUUCUUUGACCUGCUGAGUAAGUUCCAGAGCAGCCGCAUGGACGACCAGCGCUGCCCGCUGCAGGAAGGCCAGGCAGGGGCCGCCGAGGCCACGGCUGCUGCCUCGCUGGAGGAGAGGCUCGCCCAGCCCUCCGUGACGGCCUCCCCGCAGACAGAGGAGCUCUUCGACCUCAUCGCCAGCUCCCAGAGCCGCCGGCUAGAUGACCAGCGGGCCAGCGUGGGCAGCCUGCCCGGCCUGCGCAUCACACACAACAACGUGGGCCACCUCCGCGGUGACGGGGACCCCCAGGAGCCGGGGGACGAGUUCUUCAACAUGCUCAUCAAGUAUCAGUCCUCCAGGAUCAACGACCAGCGCUGCCCACCCCCUGACGUGCCGCCCCGGGGCCCCACCAUGCCAGACGAGGAUUUCUUCAGCCUCGUCCAGAGGGUGCAAGCCAAGCGCAUGGAUGAGCAGCGUGUGGCUCUCACCGGGAGCCAGGAGCAGGAGGCCAGUGGGCCACCCAAGCCCCCCCAGCAGUGCCAGCCAGGUGCCAGCUAAGGCCGUGCACCCCACCUCUGGAUGCUGGAGGGCACCCUCACCGCCCACACCGGCACAGCUCCCAGGCAGCCAUGGCUGAGGGCAGCUUCGAGCCCCUCAGCCCUUCCUGGAGAGCUGACGAUGGGCACAUGGCCCCUCCAGCAACCCCUCCCUCGGUCGUUCAGGCUUCCCACAGGCCCGGCCCGGCCCCGCCCCG